AUGACUUCUCAUGAUAUUCAUAAAGACAUUGUAAUUGCGUGUAAGAUAGAAACAAUCAAUUCUAUUAUAGAGGAUUUAAAUGGUGAUUACUUUCCACUAUUGGUUGAUGAAUCUAAAGAUGUAUCACUCAAAGAGCAAAUGGUUGUUUGUAUACGGUAUGUUGAUAAGAAGCGACUUGUGAUAGAGGCAUUCAUUGGACUAGUUCAUGUUAAAAAUGCUAGUACUUUGUUUUUAAAGAAAGUAAUCGUGGAUGUACUUGCUUAUCACUCUUUUACUUUAUCUUAUGUACGUGGGCAAUGCUAUUAUGGGGCAAGUAAUAUGCAAGGUGAGUUAGGUGAAACAUUGAUUAGACAAGAAAAUAGAGCGGCUCAUUCUGUUCAUUAUUUUGCUCGUCGACUUCAACUGGCUCUUGUUGUGGUUUCAAAAAAUCUUGAAGAAAAUGCAAGUACUUUGGAUGAAAAAGCUAGUGUAUCGGAAUUUCUUGGAAGUUGUCAAACAUUUGAGACUGUUUUCUUGUUACACUUGAUGACUGAUAUUUUAGGAAUCACAAAUGAUCUUAAUGUAUCAUUACAGAAAAAGAAAUAG